AUGGGAAAUGCUGAGAGCCAGAAUGGGGACCAUACCCUCUAUGGAAACGAACAUGGCUACCUGUCACGUAAGCACAUGUCUCGGUCUCUUCGCAUCUCCAACAAACAGUCCAGACGCUCGAGACACGCUUCAUCAGGGAAAAUAGAGCACAGGAACUCUGAGACCAGCACACGCUCAAGCAGCACUCCGAGUAUCCCACAAUCCCUUGCUGACAAUGGCCUGGAGCCGUUUAAUGAGACCAGUUUACUCCCAGACUUUGGUAGUCCCAUUUGGGUGGACCGUGUGGCCAUGAAUCUGCGCCCUGUAUCUUUUCACAACGACCUGGCUAAUCCAUCCGUGCGUGUAACCCUGCCCGGUCCCACCGCAGAAGAGGCGCACGAUGAAGAUUUGUACACCGGGGAGGUCAAAUAUCUCCAGAGAACUCAGGAGGGCCUUAAAGAGAGCGUUAGCUUCAAGAAGAAGAGGUCCAAAUCUGCUGACAUGUGGCGAGAUGACAGUCUGGAGUUUUCUCUCUCUGAUCUCAGUCAGGAGCACCUGACCAGCACCGAAGAGAUCAUAGACAUGGCCAACGAGAGGGAGUUCCCUGACUGUGAAGUCCACCUGCAGUCCAGUCCCACUGACUCAGCUGACAGGGCGAACUCCUUCGAUGAGCUUUACAGCCAGAAGAACCACGCCCGCCAGAAAGCCCAACGCCGCUACGCCAAGUGGCACGAUGGGAGCAGGGCUGUCAGGGAGGGGGAAGAUGAUAAGAUGCUCUCGCCAUCGGAGGAGGAUGGGAACACCUACAGCGCGUACACCCUUCCCUGCCGUCGCUCACACUGCCUGUCCGAGGGCCUGAGCGGCCACCAAGCUGCCAUGUGUGCCAGUAUGCAGGGCAGGAGGGCGCAGACCAUACAGGUAAGAUGUCGACCGAGCAAAUUCAUGAUGUCUGAUCUUAUACUCAACUAACCAUGUAUGAAUUUCAUUCUUUGAAAUGUUCAUAUUCAUGGCUGUUUGAUGUAGGGCUACACGAUAUAUAGUUUGAGCAUCGCGAUGUAUGAGUGCAUGAUUGUCACAUUGCAGAACCUGCGAUGUCGGAGGCGAAUGAACUCAGUUAAUUUCUAGGGUAGAUGACUGAGAUGCACUGUAUGUCACUCUGCAUGUGCUGUGCAGCGAUCCACCAAUCACAUUCGUUCUUUACUCAGUUGCCAAUCAGACUACCCUGCCAGCAUUACUUUCGGAACAUUACUCACACCUGUUAAGCCAUUUGUACCAUUUGCACAGACCACUCCACUAUAAGUGGUUUGCGAGGUGCAUGCAAUUCUCGGCGGACACACCAAUAACAACAACGAUUGAAAAAUGAGCAACAAUCAAGAGAAAACCAUCGCAAAUGAAGACUUGUUGCCAAAAAGAAAAGGAAAGUCAGUUAUCUGGAAUUAUUUCGGUUACAAAACACCUGUUUUUGUUCACCUGUCGCCACAAAAACGUCCCGCAAAAUAAAAGCUAAAAAUAUCUCUAAGACAGACAGAAGCCACUUAACUAACAAUCACAAAAAGAGGUAAGAUCAGUGCAGGUUAACUCGUCGUUGUCAUCGUUUUCUUCCACUUAUCUGGGUCCGGGUCGAGGGAGCAGCAGCUUUAGGAGGGAAGCCCAGACGGCCCUCACCCCAGCUACUUUCAUCAGCUCCUCCGAGGGGAUUCCCAGGCCAGGCGAGAGAUAUAAUCCCUCCACCUGGUCCUGGACUGGCCACGAGGUCUCCUCCCAGUGUGACAUGUCCAAACAGCAUCCUAACCAGAUGUCCGAGCCACCUCAGCUGACUCCUCUCGACGUGGAGGAGCAGCGGUUUUACUCUGAGUGCUUCCCGAGUGUCUGAGCUCCUCACCCUAUCUCUAAGGCUGAGCCCGGCCAACCUGCGAACGAAACCCAUUUCAGCCGCUUGUAUCCACGAUCUCGUUCUUUCGGUCAUUACCCAAAGUUCAUGACCAUAGGCCUGUCCUGGCUGAAAAUUCCUGCAUUUUUUAAUCAAUUUUUUUCAAAUUGCGAUGUUAUUUUUUUCCAAUAUCGUGCCGCCUUAGUCUGAUACUCAUCUCAGGGUGUCUGAUCUGUUACAGUCACAUUAUUAUCCUUUAUUUUGUUAGGACACAGCAGGAAAAGCUGUUCAGAAUCUUAAUGCAGUCUGGUGGCAUCACCAAAAACACGUCCCCUCUUUCAUUUCCCCCUAAUGUGACUGAGCGUUUCCUCUGCUGCAUUCUCUCCACAGAUAAUAAGCCGCUGAACAAAUUCCAGAGUAAAAAAGAAAGCUUAUAUCGAGGGUGCGAUCAUGUGUCGUUUACUGAUGAAUCUGUUGUUUUUCUUGGGAGAGGACUCGCCGUGACAGGGGGGGGAAGCGAAGCUUAAAGUCACUCCCUGUUUGAAAUGCCUCAGUCUAUUGUUAUGAUAAUGAGGGGAGGCCUGCGGAAGAGUGUAACAGUAAAACGUGUGUGGUGGCCCUGUCACUGCGGGGCACCAUCAGCCCAAGUGAAUAGAGUUUUGGAGCGCAUGAUUGGGUCACGUGACCAGAUGGAGAUACCGAGCUCGGUGUAGCCCCCUUCAUCUCCCAGGAGCCUUUGGCCAUGUGGGGAGGAGAGGACAGAUCGAGGGGUGCCACACGGAGGCUAGGAUGUACCUCCACAUCAGCAGAAACUUUGCUGUUUGUGAUUUAUUCAGAGGAGAAAUUUCAUUUCAAGUGACUCCACAGGUUUAGUUCUGAAGGAUGGCUCUGCUCUGCAUCUGCACUGACAGCUUUGUCAUCAGACAGCCGAGGAUCUGAUCUAGUGAUGAAGGAAAGGUAGGAGCCAUGCCGUCUCACCUGUCUUGUGCUUCUGACCCAACACAGGAUGUCACGGCCGGGGAAGGCAGCGAGUACGAGGACAGCGGCAUCGACGGGGUGACGGUGGAAGCAGAGCACCAGUCCCGCCGCUACAAAACCAUGUCUGCCUCCUUCUCUGUUUGCUCGGCCGCCGGCAGGAGCAUGUUCGCCGGCAGCGACAGCGGCAGCAGCAGCGGCGGCGGGGCCGCCGAGUGCGUGCAGGGUGUGUACGAGAACUUCCGUCAGGAACUGGAGAUGAGCUCCUGCCAGACUGAAAGCUUGGAGGAGGCGGGGUCGGCCCUGAGCGACGAGCAGAGCACUAUGAGCUCCGCCUACCAGUCCGACCCGCUGCUCAGCGUAGCCCAGGGAAUGGUGCGCAAAGCUGGCAGGCUCGCCGUCAAGAACUUCCUCGUGCAUAAGAAGAACAAGAAGGUGGAGUCAGCGACACGCCGCAAGUGGAAGAGUUACUGGGUCUCCCUGAAAGGUUUGUUAUGCCCUUAAUGUGUCCAUAACAUUUAAAGGUUGUCCCAUAACUCCAGUGUAGCUAACACUGCAUCCAUCUGAUGCUUUUCUAUCUUCAUGCAGAAGGACAUAACCUGAUUGGAAGCUAACUAAUCUUAGUAAACUGAGCUCUAAUUCAAUCCUAAAUGUUAGAUUAGAUGGUUCUUGACUGAGCUGGAAUCAAAUCAGUGCUCCAAUAAUCAUUAUACCUCUUCACUGAUAAAUCAACCGUGCUGCACUUCUUAAUGUUGGCCACUGGAGAGCAGAGUGAAAUUGCUUGAGCAAAUUGCUGUUUGGAUAAAGUGUUUCAUCAUUCUUCUCUCCUGUCUGUCUAUCGAGUCUUGAACAGGGUUGUUUUUGGUGUUUUUUCAGGUUGCACCCUCUUCUUCUAUGAGACUGACGGCCGAUCAGGAAUAGAUAACAACAGUAUUCCCAAGCAUGCUGUCUGGGUAGAGAACAGUAUCGUCCAGGCUGUGCCAGAGCAUCCCAAAAAGGACUUUGUGUUCUGCCUCAGCAACUCUCUGGGAGACGCUUUUCUGUUUCAGGUAGGAGAAAAAGCCUGACCUCUGACCUCUGUGCUGUUUUGAGUGUAAAGGCUGAUGCUCUGUUAUAAUUAGCAGUGAAUCGUCUCUUAACAAGUAAAGCGCUUUCAGUUUGUCGCUGAACCUCUGACCCGUUGCUGUCCGUCACCACGCAGACCUGCAGCCAGACCGAGCUGGAGAACUGGAUCACAGCCAUCCACUCGGCAUGUGCCACUACCGUCGCCCGCCAACACCACAGAGAGGAUACAGUCCGCCUGCUGCGGGCCGAGAUCAAAAAGCUGGAGCAGAAGAUAGACAUGGACGAGAAGAUGAAGAAGAUGGGAGACAUGCAGCUGUCUGCAGUUACAGACACCAAGAAGAGGAAGACGAUACUGGAUCAGGUAGACUUUGUUUUGUGGUAUUAUUUCAGCCUGUCCUUUGCAGGGUUAGUUCCUACAAUUUUGAGUUUUGAAUUGUGGUUGUAGAAGGAUCUAGAAAUUUGAGAACACCUGCAUAGUAUUCCAUGAAUUCCAGAGAGGCCUGAAAAUGCAGGAAUUUAUUGAAAGAUUAAAGGAAAAUGCUCAGUGUAGGGCUGGACAAUAUGGCCUCAAAUCAAUAUAACGAUAUAUUGAUCAGUUCACCUCAAUAACGAUAAAUGGACGAUAACUACUCCACAAGCUGCUCACCCCCUCCCACAUUAACUUUGUCUACUUCAGCCACCGCUCCAGCUGCUACAACGUUUGAACCGCCCUCCAUCUCCUCACGUGUCUUCACUCUUUAUAUGAACUGGAUGGGGUGGAGUCACAUCUGACGUAGGACAGCGUCUUAAAGGGACAUACACACAUCCAAAACCAACUUUUAUUUAUUUAUUUUUUUGACACUGAAUAUCCCGAUAUGGGCCAAAUGACGUUGGUUAUUGUCAUAAAUUUCAGUAUCUGUAAAUUUUCAUUUUAUCGCCCAGCCCUAGUGAGCAAACCCACUAAAGAAAACUUGAACCCCACUUGAGUUUACGUACUGCACCUUUACAUCUGGGCUGAAUUCACUGGUCUACAGUUUUUAGUCAGGCCUCUGAAUCCAGAUCUGGUUGGAGCUGAAAAGUCGGAGCGAUCACGGCCGAGGAAACCGAGCUGAAGGUGUUCUUACUUCUGUUGAUUCUGGUCGAACCGUUCCGGAGAUUCGGGGGUUUGUUUUCACUGGACGUUCUCUUGUGUUUAUGGGCAAAAUGACGUCGUUAUUGUGGUAAAUUUCUGUAUCAGUGAAUUUUCGGUUUAUCGCCCAAUCCUAGAUCAGCGUGCUUUUUAAUCUGCAGUAAGAUGUAAACAUUCAAAUAAGACGAUGUUCUCCUAGAUGCCGGAUAUUAAAUUCUCGUUUAAUUUGCUUCUUUUUUACCUGUAAAAACUUUUCUGCACAGAUGAGUUACUUAAGCCGAGAGGGACCGAUGAAAGGUCAAGAACGAGCUUUGCCUGCUUUUUAUAAAGUAGCGGAAACAGUUAUGAAGUAUUUAAUCAACACGGGUUCUUGUCAUCAGCCUCCUGCUGCUGUUUCAGUCUGUUGUGACUUUCAGAUGAAACUGUUGAACUCCACCGAGGAGGAGAUUAGCUCUCUGAGUUUAACUUCAAGAGGAGCGCUCUUUUUUCACUUUGUUUCCUCUCACAGGUGUUUUCCAAUCAAAUAUCAGAGGUAUAAUUGAUAGAGGCGGCUGAUGCUCCACACCUACAUGUAGGGCUGGGCGAUAUGGGAAAAAGUUUAUCAUGAUAUCUUUUUCAUAUCAGUCGAUAUCAAAUUAUAUAUCACAAUAUAAAUCACUUGUCAAUCUUAAACUUAAUAGUGCUUAUUGGUCACGUCUUUUGCAAUGCAAAAAGUUACUGCAUUUGUGAGGUCUUUCUGUCUCUUUGCUCUAGUGAAAGCGGAGUGAAUGGUCAGUGCAGCGCGGCGCGGACCUGGCACAACUCCCAUUUUCGUUUGCUAUUCGUAAAGUCUACCAAAACAUGACAGAAUGCCGGCUAUUGAAAAGCAUAUCGACCAUGUUUCACAUCGAUAUCGAGGGAAAUAAAUUUUUGAUAUAUAUCAUUAUCGUUUUAUCGCUCAGCCCUACCUAAAUGCUACCAUUAAGUUUUCUGAACGUAGUAUAGAGUUGGCACUGACAAGUAGUUUGCCGUUCUCUCACAAAGCUCUUUUUUCACUUUGUUUUCUCUCACAGGUAUUGUCCGAUCAAAUAUCAGAAGUAUAAUUGAUAGAUGCUCAUGCUACCAUUUAGUAUAUCAUAGUAUAGAGUUGGCACCGACGGGUAGUUUGCCGUUCUCUCACAUAAUUGCAAAGCUCUUUUUGUCUUUAAUGGGACUGUUUACAGAGAAGCCAGAUCAAAUGCUCUUUGUUUGGUCAGUUAGGUAGUGACUGGUUGGAGAGCUUCUGUUUGGCAGUGUCAGGUUUCACAUUGUGCAGAGCUGAAUAGAUAUAGGCCUGCUCCUUGGAAAGCUUAAACGCUCCCAGCUCCUAUCUGCCAGUGGAAUGUGCUGUAUUAUUUCUUCCUCGUCUCUGGGCUGCUUGGCAGUGACACAGACCCCUCCGCUGGUGCUGGCUGCUUCUACCAAACACCAGAGUAAGACUGUGACAGGGAGGGGAUGGCCCAGUUCAUAAUCCCAAUGUCCUGCUCCACUGCCCCAGUAAAACCCAACCAGAUACGAACCGAGACUGCAGAUUGGCAACACUUUGAGCAGAGAUGCACCAUCCUGGACUCAGGAGCCUUGAUGAACGGUGAACUGAAAAUGAUCUUCUGUCUCUGUAAUUCUGCAGAUCUUCCUGUGGGAGCAGAACCUGGAGCAGUUUCACAUGGAUCUAUUCCGCUUUAGAUGCUACCUGGCCAGUCUGCAGGGGGGAGAGCUGCCCAACCCCAAACGCCUCCUGGCUUUUGCAUCUCGCCCCACCAAGUUGGCAAUGGGCCGUCUGGGUAUAUUCUCAGUGUCUUCCUUCCAUGCUCUGGUAAAUACAACUUCUCAGAUAACCUUAUUUAAGCUUAUUCUUUGAGUUCAAGUGCCACAAACUGAAACAUGGAUAGAGGGUAAACUUUUAACUUGUUGAAAUGAUUUGAUGUCCUCCUAUUAUGAAUUUUUAAACACCGAAUUGUCCAUUUAAGAGUAAUAAACUAAGAUUAUUCCACUGACAGGACAGUCUACUCUCAAAUAAAGGUUUAUCUUAUCUUAAAAAACUCAUGCUGUGUUUAGUGGUUGUUCUACUUUGGAGGUGGGGUCUCAUGCAGGGCAGCGCUUCACAAGAUUUGGCUCAGUAGUAUUUCCUCCCACUCCUGUAUGGAGGUUAUGUACUCCACGGCUAAAAGCACUUGUAGUACAGGAAAACACGAAUUCAAUUUUUAGAGAUAGGUUUUCAGAUCAUUGAUGCACUUCUUUCAGCACCACCAACGCACGCUGUGGAGCAGGUGGGCGUUUGGAGCUGUAAGAGAGAGAGAGCAGAGUGGGACAUCUAACUAAAGAAACCAUCAAACAGCUCUCUACUCCUCCUCUUUUUUAUCUUUCCGACUGUUUUAUUCCUCUCGGUUUGCACAUCUCUGCUCCCAUGAUUAUCUCCAUCAGCGCUUUGUCCUAAAGGAGCUGGGAAGAGUUCAGAGAUCAAACCAGAGGUGUAAUUUAGAGCAUGCAUGCCCGCUGCCUUUUAAUGCCUACUUCAGCUGUUUUUCUCUGACCUUUUGCAUCUGAGUUAGCAGUCUAAAAAUGCCAUGUCGUGUAAAAAUCUGCAUGAGCCCAGAGUUUGUGUGUGAAAUGAACAUGUCAGGUUUACAUUUGUGAUGAAUGCUUUUAAUAUAUUUAUCCAUGUAAACCUGCAAAUGCUGUUAUUUUCUCUGUGAUUUAAUUCCCACAAUAAUAUUUGUGUCUCCUCGUUGCCCCUUGUUUUUGUCAGAGCUGUAUGAGGAAAUAGAAAUGUAACACAAGGUCAAACAGAUGGUCGUCUAUGCCUCAUUUGGCCUCUCGAGCCCUGACUGAGUCGUCGUGUUUUUGCAGGUGGCGGCCCGCACAGAGACCGGAGUGCGAAGGCGAACGCAGGCCAUGUCACGAUCCUGCAGCAAGCGCAAGAGCCGGUUCUCCUCUCUCUGGGGUCUCGACACUACCUCAAAGAAGAAAACAAAAGCUCACCCCAGCAUCAACCAGGUCAGCGAGACGACGAGUUCAGUGAAAAACUUUGAAAGGGUUAAAUCAGGGCUGUUUUUUUAAGUUACGACCUUUUGUCCCAGCAGGUGUUCGCUGACGGCAACGAGCCGGUGAAAAAGCCUCUAGAAGGUGUAUUUGUGGAUCCUGCCAAGGAGCACACAGUAAGGAGGAGUGAUUGUGUUUGCAUAUAUUUGACAGGGAGGUGUAGGUCAGGGACUAAAUUAUGAUUCAACUCUGAAGUUAAUGAAAUGAAGCCCUCAGGAUAUCCAGAGAUAACAACUGUAAGUGGUUGUUGUAUUUUUGAAGUAAAUUUGAGCAAAGAUUGAAAUGUUAGAGCACAUAAGUGGAGAUAUUACACUUUUUAAUCAGACUUCAGUAAAAUGUGCUGCAAGGAUGUUGAUGGAAAAACCUUUUUUUAAUGUCUGUGUUUAAAGAAAAGCGAGGACGGCACUGUGAAAAGCUUUCCACGGCCGAGCACAGAGAGUGACCUGUGGGCCCCUGACCACCUCACUCCCUCCUGGGUGUGUCUGCCAAACGAUCAGCCCGUGCUAACCAUCAUCCAGCCAGGGGAGUCGGCGCUGUGCGUCCUGGAAACCAUUUGCAAGGUAACGCUGCCCUACUUGGCGUGACCUGACAUGAACUACAGUUCAUGUUUCACUACAGUGACAAAGAAGAUAGAAACACCUGCAUGAGACUCUCAGACCAAUCGUAGUCUGACCUGCAGUGGAACAGAGAUGAAUAUGAAGUAUUAUGAUAUUUAUAAGAAUAAUAACUUUAUUUUUAUAGCACUCUUAAAAACUGAGGUUUACAAAGUGCUUUGACAAAUGGUCAUAAAGCGCAGAAAUAAAGAAUAAAAACAAAAUCUUUAGUUAAAACAAGGCCUCAGAAUUGAAGGCCAUUUUCUUGCAUAAGGAACCAGGACAAUACAGGAACCCUACAACAUAAAAGGAGACCAUGAGGAACAAAAUAAAAACUUAAAAUAGAUCGGAAAAAAAUGCCAUAAAAAGAAAAGGGUGUUGAAAGCAGAAAACAGGAUAAUAAAUAUAAAAAGAUUAUAUUAAUAAUGAUAAUAAAAUAAUAAUGAUAAUAGUAAAUGAUAAAAUAGAUUAACACAAAUGAGCAGGAGAAAAAAAAAAUACUGAAAGGUUAAAUAAGAAAAUAUAUAUCACAUCAAAAGCUAAAAAGACAGUAAAGCCAAAAUAAAAUAGGUAAAAAAGAUAAAAGACGGCAUCACAUAAAAGCAAAACUGAGUUUUUAAGAUUGACUUAAAAGAGACGACUGUCUCUGCUCGCCUCAUCUCCUCUGGUAGGUCGUUCCAAAGUCGAGGAGCUCUGAUGGAGAAAGCUCCAUCACCCUUAGUUUUGAACCUCGACUUUGGAACGACCAAGAGGCCUUCACCAGAGGAUCUGAGGCUGCGAGCGGGCUCAUAUGGUAUCAAAAGCUCUUAAAUGGAGCUGUAUUGUGUGUGAAAUGUCUUAUUAAGAAUGCUUCAGUAGCUUUGUUCACCUUUUGGUUCACUGAUAAGCAGCUGACAGGUCCAUACUGUCAAACAAUCAUCAUGUCUUUGUUUUCUCUGGACAGGCUCACCAGCUGGAUCCCACUAAACACUACCUGCGGCUCAAACUCCUUAUUGAAAACCAAGUGCAAUUCUACAUUCCCAAACCAGAAGAGGACGUGUGCGACCUGGUACGUACUUACCUGAUAAAGAUGAUGUUUGACAAAGCCAAAAAAAAGGUGUAAAACCACACUGGCAGUUUUCUUAGUGUGUGUGUAAAAGGACUCACAAUCUGAAGAAAUCCACAAGAGCAUCCUUGUUGUGAAUUAUUAAUCAGUUUUAUAUUUUUAUCCUUUCAAUUUCAAAUGUGUCCUCUGGAGAACCGCCUGCUUAGGAGAACAAUGCAGCAAAAUAUUAAUCUAUUCAGGGACAGCUUUAAUAAUAAAGUGUAUCUGUAGUUACUUUUGUAUUAACAUCGUGUAAUCAUGACACAAAGACUCGGAUCACACGCCUUUGUCUAAUGAAACCAAAAAUUAACGCUCUUUCUCCCUUCUGUCAAAAACCCACCCACCAGAAUGGGACUGAAAGUAGGCCGCUGUUUUAUGAUUUAUAUAAUAACUUCUUUUUUGUUCUUCGCAGCUUUACAAAGAAAUCGAGCUCUGCUCCAAAAUCACAAAAGUAAUCCAGUUUGACAGAGACGAAUCCUGCAUGAUUGGUUACGGUAGGAACCUUUUAAAAUGCUGUUUGGAUAACAGUUAUGAUUUGAUGAUUGUCUGCAGUUUAAACGCUGUAUUUAAGUUAGUUUCAAAGGUGUUAUAAGUGGUCCUGCUGUUUCCAGGGCGGUAAUUGCUUUCUUCUGUACAUGCACUUGUGUUUUUUUUAAUACUUUUCCCAUCUGUACUCCACAAAUCCCUCUGAAGUGUUUUAUAAAAGACUCACCCUCCUCUCCUCGUCUCUUCUUGCCUCCUCCAGGUUUCUCCAUUUCUGUGGUGGAGGAGGAUGGAGUACAGCAGCUCUACAUCACCGACGUGAAGGCAGGUGGAUUAGCCUUCGCCAAAGGUACAUUACCGACAUUUCCAUCAGCUGAACUCCCUUCUCAGAGACACUCAAACAGCGUCUGUAAACUGAUGGAUUAGUUUCCAGUGUCUCUUCCUUACAUGCUUUCUUCACUCAACAUUUAUCCCACAUUGAGGUCAACAGACCUUUUUUGCUUUAGAGACGCAUUAGCGCGUGUUUUUCAAUCAGCAGAGAAGAGAGCAGAGCAGUUCUCAGGGGCGUUUGUUGAACACUAUAAUCACAACCACAGUGCCUCUCACUGGCCUUCAUGGAGGACGACAAUGAAUUCGACACCUCGCCACAGCUGCUUCACAUUACAGCCAUGAAGUCGAACUGCAGGGUUGAGUGAUGUUCAAUAUCAUGCUGGAGUUGGUCAGAGUACAGACAGAGAGGGCAGGCAGUGAAGCUUUGCAGCAGGAAGAGAGAAACCUGCAGAAGUGGGUCAAGAAGUGGGAAAGACAAGUUAAUGAACCUGCAUCCCAUAGUCUUAUCAUUUAUUGUUUGACACUGUUUACUAAUCAUUUGUUUUGCAGAAACAGAGCUGAUGGUAUCCUCCUUUUUUCAGGUCUUAAUGCAGGUGAUGAAAUCCUUCAGCUGAAUGGCAAAGACUCUCACAGUCUCAACUUCUCAGACAUGAAAGCAGCGUUCUCCCGAGCCUCCCUCGCUUUGACGGUCAACACCCUCCCUUCUGUGGACCGCCGUCAGCUCUGCUACCUGCCGCCCCGCCGCUCUGAUGCAGAGGAAGACCUCUACACAGACAUCUUCUCACAGAGUCAGGGUAGGAGAUACCAGUCUCUCUGAAGUGUAACUUCAAAAAAUCCCAGCUUGAGGGAUAGCAUCCAGGUUUUGAAACCCAUCAAUUGUUCAGUGUGGUCGUGUUUAUCAGGCCAUCUGGCUGUAAUCGCUUUGUUCCAAAGGACAAAGAAAAUGGAGGCUGUUGUCGGGCUUUGAGUUCCCCUUUUCUUGGAAGCAGAAAAGAUAUCUGCUGGUGUCCUUAGUGACUGCAGUUUAAUUUAUGCAAACACAGAAACUCUGCAGGGUGUUAAUUAGUCAGCAUAGAAGAAUCUCAGCGCUGUGUUACAGGCCAACCUUGUGGAGUACUUUGAUAAGGUCGACACCUUUUAAUGUAAAGGUCUCUAAACUUCAAUUGAUUGACAGCACCAGAAGAACAAUGCGCCCGCAUUUUGCAAAUAUCUCAACCUCAUUAGAUGUUUUCGAGCUCAUUUUUACCUGUUUUUCCUGUUUCAGAGGAGAUCCUCGACGACAGCGUAGGUCUGUUGCUGGAGAGCUCAGGAGACAGCCUGGACGAUGAUUCUGAGAUCUUCAGUGAUUUUGAUGAGUGCGGAAAGGUAAGUGCUCAUUUCACAUUAUUUGUCUUUUUUGCUAUUUGUUUGGUAAAACCGCAGAGAAGCUUUUAUGUGUGGGCUCUUUAGCUUGUUUACCGUCCUUCACUGCAGCAAAAGCACUUACAAGGAGUGUUGCUCCAUGGUUGAAAGCACCAGCUGUUACUGGCUUAUUUUGCCUUGUUUAGGAAAAACAUGGAGUGUGAUUGUUACCCUGGUGUCAACCUGCUUCUCCAUUAAAAACAGACCCUGUUUUCAAAGCUGUUUUUAAAACAUUAAAGGGAUAUUCCGGCGUAAAUUUAAGUUAUGGUCAAACACACCGUAAAAUCGAGUUAGACACCCCCUCGAUAGAUGAAUGUUGCCGACGACUUUAGUAAUACCAACUUUAGUAAUGACCGCACGAUAGCAAUAUACAGCGGUCUGCAUCUCCACACGUAAACCUCAACCAAAACGCCACUCUAUAGCCACAAAUGAUGCUCAGAACAGCACCUAACUUCAUCAACAGUACAUAUAGGGUCCCAAAGAGAUCAAACACAACUCACCCACUCUCCUCCAGCAGCCGUUUGUUUGUGGGGGAGCCCUGACGAGUUGAUCACCGAGUGCAGCGGAGUUCCGCAGCUCAAGGAAGAACAUUUAUGAUUAUUACAUCAUGGAAAUACAAUCAGACCAAGACGCUAAGGCAGAAGAACUGCCACGUCUGACUGAACACAACUCACCUACUUUCCUCCGGUAGGAGGAUCACCGAGUGCAGCAAAAAACCUAUGAUUUCUAUGCAGUGCAAUCAUUUCUAUGAUGUAUUAAUCAUCAUAAUAAUCAUUUUGCACUGCGGAUGCAGUAGUUCUUAACGUCUCACUCUGAUUCUAUCUUGAUGAAGUAAUAAUUAUAAAUGUUCUUCCUUGAGCUGCGAAACUCCACUGCACUCUGUGAUCGACUCAUCAGGACUCCCCCACAAACAAGCGGCUGCUGGAGGAGAGUGGGUGAGUUGUGUUUAGUCUGAUGAAGUUGAUGAAGUUAGGUGCUGUUCUGAGCAUCAUUUGUGGCUAUAGAGUGGCGUUUUGGUUGAGGUUUGUUUAUGGCUCUUCAGACCGCUGUGUAUUACUAUCAUGCGGUCGUUACUAAAGUUGGUAUACCUAGAGAAGCAAGCAGUCGGCAACAUUCAUCUCUGGAGGGGGGUGUCUAACUCGGUGUUACAGUGUGUUUGACCUUAACUUCAAUUUACACCGGCAUAUCCCUUUAAGUGUCAUCUUUUAGAGUGCAUCAGAAUUUAUACACGCCGACACUGUUGAACCGAGUGUGAGCUGGAGUGUUUCCUUGAACGUACAGCCAAGUGAUGGAUGGUAUUAGGCUUGUGUUGUCAUAAUAUUACAGAGUGAUUAAGAUCAGCUGUUCCAUUAACUGAAUAUGCAGACAUCCUACAUGGAAAACAACCAAAUCGAACAGUAAUAUCUGAUCAUAUUGUACCUGUUAGAAACACUCGUGUCUAAAUCUUCUUGUAUGGAGUGAAACUGUGAUGAAGAGAAACAGAACUGAGAAAAAACUGAACUGAAAGUGGCACCUUCAUCCUCACCUAAGAAGUUCUACUUAACUUCUGAAAAUGGAGCUAAAACUGUCUUUGGAAACCUUCAAAUACUUCAAAACUUGACAAAGCUCUGCCUCACAGUUCAGUGGUGAGCCAAGAAUGAAGUUUUCGUGACUUAAAAUUCAGUAAAGAUGUUCGGUGUCGGACCACACGCUCAUUAAUUACGAAACAAAGUCGGACAGAUUUGUUUCUUUUUGCAGUAAAACAUAUUUUGGAUGUCGCCGUUUUCUAUUAUCUGCCUUCUAUUCAGUCUGGGCAGAUUUAGAUGGUCGCAGAGGUGAGUUGCCAGGAAAUGUUGCCAGACAUUCAGAGCAAAGACUUCUUUCCAGACUCAACAUUUGGCACUGGUUUGCACCGUCUACAGUGAGAAAAUUCAUCAAAGGAGAGGCAACUGUAGAGGUUUGUGAACUGGCUCUGGGCUCAGUCGACAACAUUUUAGAUUUUGAGCCUCCUGCGAUGGAAACACGACCACUGUAAUCUUUGAAGCUCCCACACCAGUUUUACCGGUAUUUUCUGGUGUAGCUUGUUUUUUUUCUUGCAGCCCCCACCUCUUCUUCUUAAUCCUGAACCCCUACAUUUAUAUUCUCAGUCAAUCCUGCUCCAUCCCAACCUUGAGAAGGAGACUCUCUCUUGCUCCUUUGCUUCGCCCCGAUCUGGAGGAUUAUCAAGACUCAUUUACAUUGCUGCUGCUGCUAUAGUUGGCCAGAUCUUCACACUCACACUGUGUGCCUGAGUUUCCCCAGCCUGUAGAGGAGAGAGAGGGAGAGGGAGAGGAAGAGGGAGGGAGAGAGAGAGAGAGGGAAUAACGGCAGCACAACUAUAGCAGGCUGUGAAGGCGAAAAGAAGGGGAGUUGGGAGGCUGUGAGCGCUGGUGGGCGGAGGGUAGGAGGCUGAGCAGCUUCACUCAUCCUUCAUCACAAGCACCUUCUCCGUUUUAAAACAGAGGGAAGGACAAACGGGAUGAGCAAUGUAUUGGAGAGGCGCAGAGUAGACUUGAUUCUUACCAAAAGCUCGGAGUCUCUUUUUUUCCCCUGGCUGUUGACCUGGUGCCGACUGUCCACCUUCACCUGGCUAUGUCCGUCCUGAAGUGGAGCAAACACAGCAAGCGCUCCACAGACUCCGUCUAUGACAUGCUUCAUCUGGUGAGAUUUCCUUCCUUGUGCACUUUUACCUUUACCUGGCGCGGGCUCUUGAUACUGCCGUGAUAGACGGGCACGCUGUUGUGGUAUUCCAGCGAGGUAAACACCUCUUCAUCUCAGUGUUUUGUGUCUCACAUCCUCUUAGCUGCUACUGACAGACAACAGGUAGCUGUGAGUCACUGCUGUGUUGCAGAGAUGCCCUGUAAUGACUGAAGUGCUCCACAGGAUGCAAAACAAAACGCUGCAUGUAGGAGUGACUCAACUUUGACAAAUCAGUGGGACUGCUUUUUCAUUGACUCUGAGCCGUUUUUUUAGUGCUGUCAUGUUUGAGUUGAAUUAGUUUUCUCUGGCCUCAUAAUUGGAAAACAGUUUAAAUUGUUCCCACAUGACCGUCUCUCCAUCCACGUGUUGUUUUUUUUAACAGGACAGUGGAAGCUUCUCGUCUUUUUCUGUCUUCUGCCAUGUCAAAGCUGUCCGUGCAUGCAGAGCUGUCAUGCUGUUAAUGAGCCUGGAUCGUGGCUGUGAAGACGAGUGUCACUGUGACUGUGUCUGAGUCUUAUCAGGCUCACUGAAACUGGCUGCGCUCACUCGUCUAAUUAGGCUGAUGAAAUGAAUUUGAUUUAUUUACAGAUGUCACACCCCUCCUUUUCCAGAGCUGUAAAAAUAAAACUCCUGCUGUUCUCGUUCUCGUUCUAGUUCACUCUCUAACAUCUACACAGCUUCAAUAUGCAGUAUUUUUCUACAUCAGAAAUACGACCACACUUAACUGUGAUUGAUUCCUUUUGACAGGAUCCCUGAUCCCAGCACAUUAUCAGUAUAAGCACUAAAUAUUUUAAUAAUCUCUGGUUAGAGGGGCCAGACCUUUGCCAGGCAACUUAUUAAAUCCUCUAUUUCCAAAUGAUUGUGACGAAGAUUAAAAGAUUAGGUUUUUAAUCAGCAGAAACAUAAAAGUCGUCAGAAUGCCCAUCACAGCAGCAGCAGCAGCAGCUCUUUCACUGUAUAUUAUCCUGGAAAAGCAGCAGUGUAGGUUGUAAAUUGCCUCUUGCGAAAUUACAUUGUCCGACAUUAUAGCACCUCUUAAUUCAUCUGUUGAUCUGGGAGCUGCCUGAUUAUUCUUGGAGCAUUGUUUCGUGCCUCACGUAUGGAUGUCUGCCUGAUUAGAUAACAAUGCUGAUAACUGUCAUGUUCUGCAAAGCUGCAUGAGAAGGUGCGUGACUGACACCAGAUGACAACGGUUCCUCUGCUCUGUGUGUUUUUGAGUUCCUCCCUCCAUCAUGAAAUCGCUUUGUAUUUAAAUCUUUAAUGGAGUUUUAUUCAUAAUAUAAAACAGCUGUUUUGUUUUUGCUCUCAGGUGAUUUUAAAUCAGAUUGUUUUAUUUAAGAGUAAUAACAGUCCACCUUCUGCUAGUGCGGUGUGAGGUUAUUAUUCUCAGAGGAGUCUGUAGGUGCAACAGAAUAAAUUGCUUUUGUCUAGCCUAUAAAAACCCCCAUAUCACCAGCCUGAGAGCUUUCAUCUCAGUGGUUCCUGUUAUGUGGUCAUAAAUAUUUGCUCCCCUCAUAUAAAGAUAAUGUAUCACCUCCUUUGAAAUAAAAAAAGUCUUGUUUCAUGUUUGAUCUGUCAAAUCCUCUCAGCAUUAAAAGAAAUCCCGUUUUAAUAAGUGUGGAAAGAGUUCUUUGAGCGUAACGUUUGUAGUGACAUGAAAUGUGUCUCUGUUGUUAUGUUGGAUGUGGCUGAAGCCAUUUGCAUACAGAGUAACUGUAUCAGUACAGCCAUGCAGGCAGGCAAGCUGUUGCUGAGUGGGUUCUAUUUUGGUCCAAAAUGAUAGUCUAAUGCACAUCAAGUCUGGUCUCCACAGUAACCCGUAUUGUAUGUGGACCAAGCCCGUUUGUAUAUUUUGAUUUUGUGUGAGAGAUGAAUCAUUACACCACUGAUCCGUCAGUGGGAGGGAAACAUCAGGACAGAGGGGAUGUGAGUGAGUGAAAGAGAGAGAGAGGUGGAGAGUCAUUGUUAUGACACACUGAAAAUAGACCAAAUUAGUGCAAAUGAUUUUUUUAGAGCUGCUUCUCUGCCUCUUUCCAGGCUCACUCUCCGCGCUUUCAUGACUCUGUAGGUGGAAAAAUAACACCUGGUGCUGUGUCCGCGCCGAUGGAUCAACAUUUGGAUUGUGCUUUCUUUUACCUUCAAACUAGAAGUGCAUGUUUGUUUAACGCUUAUUUCUUUCCCUCUUAAAUUUUCAGAGUACCGAGCAAGUCGCUGCUUUCUGCCGCAGCCUCCAUGACAUGAAUCCCUCUGAGUGUGUGUCCUCUUCGCCCAGCCCGGACUCGCCCUUUCCACCUCCUGCUACUCUGCGACAGCUCUCGGAUGCCGACAAGCUCCGCAAAGUCAUUUGUGAACUGGUGGAGACCGAGCGCACCUAUGUCAAAGUCAGUACCGCUCAUUGCUCAGCGUCUGUCGUCCCCAUCACCCGUCUUACUUGUAGAGACCAGAUGGUCUUUUGUGAAUGUGUGUUUGUGCUCCCCCUGUCCAUCGAUCUGUGUUUGUCUGCCUCAGGUUCUCCUAGCCUUACACAUUACCUAUUCUUCAUGACCAAUCCAUAUUUAUAUCUCAGUCUCAGGAGACAUGGAGGGACACAGCUGUGCCCUUGCUUGGAUAUUGCCUAAUCUCCUCUGCCCUGUCUGAAAGUAGCUCAGUGGAAUAACUGGGUUAGAGAGGGAAUAUAAUGGGAUGAUCUCAAGGCUGUCUAAAAUGUUACUCCUCAUUAGAGAUGACACUUACAGUAUAUAUUCAUAUUACAGUCGUAACACCGUGCAUGAUGGAUGGUGUAUUGUAAAAUCUUUAAAUGGUAAUGGUUGAUUUCGGCGAACUUCUGCUAUUUGUUCUUAUUACUCAGAAGCAGGUGAACAGUUAGAUGUAAUUUGUGUGUCUGUGUGUGCGACAUGCAGCGGUGGGAUCUUGGGUUCAAUAACUUGAGUUAGACAAAGGAGGGAGAAUUGAAUUAGAUGUAAACACUGAUGAAUGACCAAUAACCAAAGGGUUGUUGUAUAAAGUUUGCGGCAGUUUAUUUUUUAAUAAUUCUAUUAAAAACAGGAUAUUUAUCCUUUUAUGAUUAUGUGGACACAGAAAUACUUCACUAAUCUAACAGUAUCCUAAUAACUGUGCUCUCAUUCAAUGGAGGGUAUAAUCAACACGAUUUAAGUGCUUCAAAAGUAAACGGACCAUAAAUCUCACAAUACGAUAAAAUCAUAAUAACAGGUCCACGGUGCGACAUUACUACUACUACUUUCUAGAAUUACUUUUGGAAAUACCAACUUUUUUAUUAUAUAAAACACUAUUUUUUGAACUGUGGUAUUAAUCUGGAAACAUAAAUAUUUUUCCGUACUUUUCAUUUUUCAUGCUUUUUGAGAUCUGGAAAUUGAUCAGACUACUUCCAUACUUCUCCAAACUUUUCCAUACUUGCGUAGGAACCCUGUGUGAUACAAAAAGGUGAAUGACUAAGAGUUAAUUGACCCUCGAAAUCUUUCAUAAAUAUCACUGACAGAUACUAUUUUUAGUUCCUCAGUUGUAUAUCCAGAGAUAUAUCUUCUGAUCUCAACAGCUCUCUAACUGAAAGGAUCAAGUGAGACUACAAACACUUAAAAAAUCCAGCAGGGCCCCUAAACUCAAGCUUUUCAAGUAAAACUAUUUGUACUGUCUUAAUGAGACAAAUUCUGUAUGUUAUUGGCUCCUCUGCUUCACUAAUAAUUUCCGGUGAAUUAUCGCACACUGAUUUAUUAGGCCCGUCUCCCUUGUUUGGAGACUUUGAUGGUUAUUUCUCUGUAUUUGGCAAAGCUCCUGUUUAAUCUCACAGGCUUUUUGCAACCCAGUUCAAAUAAAUGUUACUAUGAAUUUUCUUUAUAGCUCAAUUUCCUUUUAAAGUUAACGCACAUUGGCAUCCACCAGCUUUGAUCCAAGAGAAACUGACUGACUGUCCCUGCAGACCUCAAUCACUAUUUUGUUCAGAUUAUAAAUUAGGUUAUCUAAAGAUACAUGUUAUUUUAUUAUUACUCAAUUAGGAUGGCUUUUCAAAACUAACAAAGUUCUCGUUUGUCUCACAGGAUCUCAAUUGCCUCAUUGGGAGAUAUUUAACCCCGCUGCAGAAAGAGACCUUCCUCACUCAGGAUGAGGUAUGUGAAAUGUGCCCCUGCAGCCCAUGAGGGGAAGCUGACUUUAAAUGCCAACACUGUUGAAAUGUGCUAAGAAAAGUGGCUUACAUAAUCAUGUGGAGAGUAGCUGUGUACAAGGACGAGAGGGGCGGAUAAUGAUGAGAGAGAGGGAGGUUGGCUAAGCGCAGAGAUGUUUUACAUGCACUUGUGAUAAUUAAAUGCAGUUGGAUGUAUAACACUGACGCAUUUACAGCCUCGAACUGAAGCGAGGCUUUAAUAUGAGAAAACUUCAUACAGUUAAGGAGAAUAACUUUGACUUUCCUCUUUACUCUCACCCUCCAGCUUGAUGUUCUGUUUGGGAACUUGCCAGAAAUGGUGGAGUUCCAGGUUGAGUUUCUCAAAACCCUAGAAGAUGGGACCAGACUGGUUCCGGAUCUAGAGAAGCUGGAGCGAGUGGAUCAGUUUAAGGUAUAAAUCUCAUUCUAAAGAGGACUUGCAAUAAGAUAAAACACAGACUUUCAAAUAACUCCCGGUCCCCCUUUUACAGAAAGUCCUGUUCUCCCUGGGAGGCUCUUUCCUCUACUAUGCAGACCGUUUUAAAAUCUACAGUGCUUUCUGUGCGAGCCACACCAAAGUCCCUAAGGUCCUCGUAAAGGGUGAGUAAAUGUGCUCUUGGGUUGACAUUCCUCUUUGCUUCAAAGGAGAGGAUGUAUUUAUCCAUCAACCAUCUGCCAUAUCCUGCAAGGCUCCAUAAAUCUGCUGUGUGGAGCUGUCAGCCAGACAGUUGUCCAUUUGACCUCUGCAUACUUAAAGCUGGCGACUCUCCGCGCCUUGCAACAUAGUAUGAUAACUGUAAUAAGCAGUGCUGAACAGUCUGUUGUCUCUCUGAUACACCCACUGCCUCAGACACUUGAGUGGAUGGCUUUGUUUGCUGCCUUUACAUUCAAAGAGUCAAUGAGUUAUUGGCAAACUCUGUUGGCAUGGAGCUGUUUUAGGCUGUAAACAGAUUUUUUUUUGCCCACUCGUUGCUGUUUAUUCGUAGAUGAAAUCACGUUUUUGACUUGGCUGCACGUCUCUAACCCUAAUCUGCAUGCAGACUCGUCAGUUUUGGAAAAGGAAAAAAGAUGCCUUGUUGUGUUGCAAUAAUGAUUUUAUUUAUUGAUCAUUUCAGCUAAAACUGAUGCUGAUUUCAAAGCAUUCCUGGAUGAGCGCAACCCCAAACAGCAGCACUCGUCCACACUGGAGUCAUACCUGAUCAAACCCAUCCAGAGGGUGCUGAAGUAUCCCCUCCUGCUGAGGGAGCUCUACUCGCUAACAGACCCAGACAGUGAGGAGCAUUACCACCUGGAUGGUAAGUAGGGGUGGGAAUCGCUAGUGGACACACGAUACAAUAUUAUCACGAUAGUUGGGUCAUGAUACUUGGGCCUAAUAUGAUAUUAUUACAAUACUUGGGCCACGAUACAAUAUUAUCAUGAUACUUGGGCCACGACACGAUAUUAUCAUGAUACUUGGGCCACAAUAUGACAUUAUCACGAUACUUGGAUCACAAUACUUAGGCCAUAAUACGAUAUUAUCAUGAUACUUGGGCCACAAUAUGACAUUAUCACGAUACUUGGAUCACAAUACUUAGGCCAUAAUACGAUAUUAUCAUGAUACUUGGGCCACGAUACGAUAUUAUCACGAUACUUGGAACCACAAUACAAUGUUAUCACGAUACUUGGAACCACAAUAUGAUAUUAUCGGGAUACUUGGGUCAUGAUACUUGGGCCACGAUGCGAUAUUAUCACGAUACAUGGAACCACAAUACAAUAUUAUCACGAUACUUGGGCCACGAUACGAUAUUAUCACAAUACUUGGAAACACAAUACAAUGUUAUCACGAUACUUGGGCCACAAUACGAUAUUAUCACGAUACUUGGGUCAUGAUACUUAGAACCACAAUACAAUGUUAUCACGAUACUUGGAACCACUAUACAAUGUUAUCACGAUACUUGGACCACAAUACAAUAUUAUCAGGAUACUUCAGUCACGAUACUUGGUCCACGAUACGAUAUUAUCACAAUACUUAUCACUUGAUGCAUGUGGUCCCAGCAGUUUAAUGCAAUCUAUGCUGCUGUUUUCGUCUGCAGUCGCCAUGAAAGCCAUGAACAAAGUCGCCAGCCACAUCAACGAGAUGCAGAAAAUCCACGAGGAGUUCGGCGCCGUGUUCGAUCAGCUCAUCACUGACCAGACCGGGGAAAAGAAAGAGGUAAGGUGGACAAAAUGCCUCGGCUCUCUUGUUGACAAAUAAUACAUUCAGAGUGACGGAUGAUAUUUUGCUGGUUUUGUCAGGUUGCUGAUUUGUCCAUGGGUGACCUGCUUCUCCACACCACUGUAAGCUGGAUCAACCCUCCGGCCUCCUUGGGGAAAUGGAAGAAAGAGCCCCAGCUGGCGACAUUUGGUACGUCAGAUUAGAAAUUUGAUGUGAUAGAAGUUGAAACUUUUCCAUAUUCGGACUCUGUUCUUCUUCAAAAGUACUGAGAGAUAACCAGUGUGUGGUUUUUGUUUCUCUUUCAGUGUUCAAAAUGGCCGUGGUCUUUGUAUGCAAGGAUGGAGCCAAGCAGAAAAAGAAAAUCGUACGUCUCAAACAGUUUUCAAAACAGUGAACGAUUCAUAAAUCUGUUUUGCAUCUGAGCUGAUAGCGUUUGUAAAUAAUUUGACCAAUGUGCCACUUUCAGGAUCAGCUGCAUCUGUGACCUUUAAAAGAUGAUAACAGGAUGUAACUCAACCAAAUUCUCUGUUGUGAAUGAUUUUAGGGCGGCUCUCAUCGAGUCUCUGUGUCUUCUGAAGAAAAAGACCCGUUCAGAUACCGUCACAUGAUCCCAACUGAUGCCCUCCAAGUCAGAUCUUUGGCAAAUGCAGGUAAAUUAUUCAAUAAAAGUCUAAAUAACUGGAUUAAUUUUUUUGCUCCGGUCGAUUUAUAACAUGAUUUAUAAUUUCUCAUCACUAGACGGUGAAGGCUCUGCUGUGUGUGAGAUCGUCCACACAAAGUCGGAGUCAGAGGGAAGGCCAGAGAGGACGUUUCAGCUGUGCUGUAGGUGAGGAUCUCAGCUGAUUGAGGUUGAAUUCUACCUCAGAUUGAAGCUCGCGGUGAUAAAGUCCAGUCAGCUGUUAUCUACAGAGUGCUGAUAAGAUGCCUUUCUGUCUCCCCCAGCUCUCCAGAGAGUAAAAAAGACUUUCUGAAAACGGUCCACUCCAUCUUGAGAGAGAAGCACCGCCGGCAGCUCCUUAAAACAGAGAGUCUACCCCUCAACCAGCAGUAUGUGCCCUUUGGAGGAAAGCGUCUGUGUGCCCUGAAGGGAGCCCGUCCUGCCAUAAAUAGAGCAGGUAAGUGCCAGUCAUCCACCCCACAGCUUCAAGUGGCCCAAUUCUCAAGUUGUUGCUCCUUUCCUGACACAAAAGGACUGUAAAGCCCAAUUUCCACAGCAUCCAGAACAGCAGCGAUUUUCGCUGUCCACCAAUUCCUACCAGAUGCAUUUGUGAGGCGAAUUUCGUGGCGGAUUUUGGACAGCGGGUAUUGCGAGAACUCACAAGAACCCGCAGAUUCGCAUGCAAUCACGCAAUAACGAGUUGUCUCUAUAAAGACAGCCAUGAGACCAUACAAGCAGUAGAUUGUGUCCAGACUUCUAGAAUCAGCGUCUCCCUAUCCAUGGUGUCAACGGGGUGAAAUGAUGUCUGAAGACCUUUGACUUCUUCAUCCCCGCCCACGUUUACAUGGAGUGAAAUACAAUCUGCCUGAAACAUGUAGUAUUUUGUUUUGAAAAGCCCAAUGUUUUAUUUUGGUGUCUGUAUCCGACAUCCUUUCCAGCACAGAAUAAUCUGUGCUGAAUUUAUAUGGCAUGCUGCGAUCGGCGCAUAACGCCUUUUCGCCGCUGUUCUGGAUGCGGUGGAAAUUGGGGGUGAGAGGAAAAUACCUGUGCGUACAAGCUGUAACUAUUUCAUAGUUUUAGGUUAAAACAAUGACUGCUAAAGAAAGACCAGUACUUGCCAAAUGUCACCCAAACUUAAAGCCGUGCUCAGACAGAGUUUACUCGUUUAUCUCUAUCACUAAUGUUUUCUCGUGCUUUGUUUUUCUGGCAGCAUCUGCCCCUACCAGGACUCUAGGCAGGAGGAAGCUGGUGCGAAACCGCUUCACUAUAGACACAGACAUUGUUUUUGAUGGCGAGCCUGAACGGGACCUCCCUUCACCACAAGAGUCUGAGUUAAAUCGAACAAAGCCCGAGAGGGAACCCGACCAGCGGCAUCAGCAGUCUGAGCUGGCGGGUGACACAGACCGCUGGGUGGAGGAACAGUUCGACCUUGAAGAAUACGAGGACCAGGAAGAGGUGAAGGAGACGGACAUCCUCAGCGAUGAAGAUGAUGAGCUCUGUAAGUCUUCCAGAGCACGGCCCGCUGAGGACGAUAUAGAGGCUCCCAUCAUGGCUUUAUCCCUGCAGAGUGAGGAAACAGAGGAGAGCGAAAGCUUAAAAUCCCUGUCAGUCUGCGAAACACCUAAUGAUGAUGUGGAGGAUCUGAAGCGAGAAGAGAAGGAUGACAUUUGGGUACGAAGGGAGCAAUCAGGUUCUUGUUCCCCUGAUUGUGGCACAUAA